CAUCAAGAUUCAAGAAGCUUGUCUUGUAAGUACUGUAAGUACAUCGUGUCCUUCCUGCAGGUUCUAGACUGAGGGUAUCGGUAAUCUGAGUAGCAAGCGACAAUACAAUUUGUGGAGCUGCCGCGGAAGGUCAUCAAACUUAUCACCACAGCAUGUCCAGGAAUAUCUUCCUCCACCCAACCCUGCCGUGCUCAACCCAACUAGCACUCAGACGCGCAGGUUACGAAACACUCGACAAUCUCUCCAGCACUUCCGCAGAAGCUCUAUCUAAGGAACUGAAGAUAGCUAUCUCCGAAUCGCAAACCAUAAUCACCGCAUCGCAGCGGCCUGCAGGGCCGCCUUUAAGUCAAUCCUUAGCUUCCUUGAUAUCUAGAUCACAGACAUUUGCGUGUAGCUACGCUACUGUGAAUACGGCACUCGGUGGCGGUCUUCCGAGAGGACGCAUACUAGAAAUAUCUGGACCCCCGGGCAGUUUCAAAGAAACUCUUGCACUAGAUUAUACUCGCAUUUUUGUUGAAUCAAACGAAGAGGUCAUAUUCGUUGAUACCCAGAACACGACUAGCCUCGCCACGAUCAAGAAGACUUUUCGCACUUCCCCUGCAGCUGCUGACUAUCGGGAUCUCGUUCGUUAUGCGCACCUCCAUACCCUCCCAGAUCUAAUGAUAUUCAUCCACAACCUACUAUCGGAAAUUCACCCGAAGACGGGGCUCCUCGUUCUCAAUUCGAUUUCAUUUCCGUUCCUAUCUCAUCCAGAUCUCCAGUACUCGAAACGGACAGCGCUGCUGGACAAGAUCCGUCAGGUAUUUUUACGAGCAAGUUCAUUGAACAAUCUGACGAUUAUCACAACUUCACAAAUGUCAACGAAAUUGCUCAAUGCUGACGGCUCUCCAGGGAACUUUGAAACAGGAGCAAAGGCGGUGAUGGUACCACAACUAGGUUCGACCUAUCUACCAAGCGGUCGAUCGUAUCGAUUGGUAAUUGUUCCAGACUCACGUACAACAGGAGCGGUGCAACUUCUUUCAUCUCCUGUGCCCCAGCCAGGGGAAGCGCCGCCUCCCCGGCACCAAUAUGAUAUAUGCCACAUCGACAAUUAAUUGACAAGUGUAUGGCCAGCAAACCGUGAAGCCUGAAGCGUUCUUCACGGAUCUUCACAUCUAUCUUGAGCUGCGGUGAUGACCUCGUCGGGUGUGAUGAUCAUAUCCAUCUUCCAAUCAUGGUCCAACAUCGGCACUUGUCCCUCUUCUAAAAGUUGCUGUUUCAAAGCUAACGCGACUUAAAAUCACCCGUGAGAUUUUAGUUCCGCGCUAA